GAAGAUGUCGACGUGAGUCCUGAUUUGAUGGUAGACGUGUUUUCCGAAGAGGGGCAGGACUUCGCUCAGAGUCCGCUGCAAACAGAGUCCCCAGCAUUACCAAACACACCGACGAGCCGGACACCCAAGGACAUGGAGCAGAGGAAACUCGUGGUCCUCAAAGACAUUCUGAGCAGUGAAGAGGUUUACCUGAACGAGCUGGAGAUACUGCUUACUCCCAUGAAGGCUCUGAAGGCAGCUGCAGGCACCUCUCAGCCCGUGCUGUCCAAUCAGCAGCUUCAGACAGUGUUCUACCAGGUGCCUGAGCUCAGAGACCUUCACAAAGAUUUCUACACCAGCCUGAAAGCCAGACUGGGGCCAGUCACAGAUCUUGACCAGGAGACCCAUCAAGACAUGGAAACAAAGGAGGGCCCAGCCGUGCAGCUGCAUCAGGGAGCUCACCAGUUGUGUGUGGGAGAUCUGUUCCUUAAAGUUGUCAAUCAUUUGGGAGUAUACCGAGGUUUUAUCGACAAUUAUGAGAACGCCGUUGACAUUGUGCGCAAGUGCAUGCAGUCGGACCAGCGCUUCAGAACCCUGGCAGGAAGUAUGAUGUCAUGCAGGGGGCCGGACAACUCCAGGACUACAUACACGUUUGAGGGGCUUCUGUAUAAGCCUCUCGAUCGUGUGACCAAGACCACUCUUGUACUUCACGACCUGCUGAGACACACCCCUCCUGAUCAUCAGGACCAUGCUCUGCUUCAGGAGGCACUAAGAAUCUCCAGCGGUUUCUUAUCAGGUGUCAAUGAAAGGCCACAGUGCAAGAAAGCCGUCACAGUCAGCAGAGGAGGGAGACGUCAGCUGAUUCGUGACGGCUUUGUGGUGGAAGUGUGUGAAGGAGAAAGGAGCCUGCGACAUCUCUUCCUGUAUACUGACAUACUGUUGUGUGUCAAACUGAAAGGCGGGUUUACUGGGAAGAAUGUCCAGUACAGGUUCUGUUGGUACAUGCCUUUGGCUGGUUUGAGGCUUCACUGGUCCACGGAACAAAAACAUCCUGCAGAUCUCCAGCAACGGAUCAGCAACAUGAAGGCCAAAAUGUUCCACCUCAGACAUGAGCUUCGACUACAAGGGAGAGCGUGUAAGGGACUGGGGUCUUGGGCUGUGGAACGGGGACGGAAGAAGCUGGAGGAACUUGAGCUUUGGCUCCUCACACACACUUCUUCCCUCAUGUUAGAGUUUCAGAGCCCUAGCUGCAAGAGUCACACACUCUAUUUGCCCUCUUUGUAUGAGCUUGACGAGUGGAGAGAUGACAUCAACAAACUCAAAGGGGAGAAUAUUGAAACAGUUCCUCCAGACUUAUUGACUCUGACCAGUGCCUGUGUCAAACUCAGAAUGAGCCAACAGCCUCAUCUUCAGUGUCUGAGAUCUAAUAAAGAGGGGCUGUCUCUCUGUGGCACUCUGAGUGUUGCGGUGCACUGGGCCUGUGGUCUGAACAUGGCAGUUAGUGCGUAUGUGUGUGUGGAGGUGGAUGGUUUCGAGUUCUUUGAAAACAAAGCUCAGACUCGUCCGUCCCUCUGUAGUCAGACUCCAAACUGGGAGGAGGAGCUGGUGUUCCAGGUGGAUGGAGCUCAGGAACUCCGACUGAUGUGUGUCUCACAGGGAAAGAACGACUCUGAGGUGGAGAUUAUAGGCAAGACUUCACUACAGCUGGAUGCUAAUGUCAUACUGAACAAGUGGAAGAAAGUCACUUUAUCGUUAGGUCAAGUGGAAGUGACGAUGUCAAUCAAGUAUAUACCCCAGCCUCUGAGUCCACCCAGCUCCAAUCCCAUCCAGCAACAACCAGUCUUUGGCGUUCUGAUUGGAGAUGUUGCCCAGCAGGAGGGUGUGUUGGUGCCUCACAUUGUUCGCUCCUGUGCUGAGGAGGUGGAGAGGAGAGGUCUGGAGGAGGAGGGGAUCUACAGGAUCUCGGGAUCUACCAAAGACAUCCAGAUCCUCAAGACUGCCUUUGACACCAAUUAUCGUGAAGCAGUGGGCAAGCUGAGGUCUAUGGAUGUGAAUGCUGUUUCAGGAGCUUUGAAGCUGUACUUUAGAGAACUCCCAGAAUCCCUCAUUCCUGCCCAUCUUUUCCAGAGUCUGUCUCAAUCAUUAGAGAUCCCUGAAAUGGACGGCAAACUGAACAGAAUGCUAACUCUUCUACAGGCCUGCUCUGAUGUCAACCGCAACACUUUCCUUUUCCUGCUUCAUCAUCUGAAACGGGUUGCUGUUAAGCAGGAGGUGAAUAAAAUGUCCAUGAGUAAUCUAGCCACUGUGUUUGGACCGAGUCUACUGCGCCCCCCUGUGGCCAGUGCGGGGGAUUGCGGCCCACGGGUGGAUAUCUCUCAGGAGGUGGAGGUGCAGGUCCAGGUAGUUUAUCUCUUCUUACAGUGUCAGAAUCUUCCAGAACCCCUCCUUGCUCUACCACUGGACACAGAGGAGGAUGUGGACACAUGA